CAAUGUGUGAGGCGUGAAAGUUGUACGCAUAAACAUUCAAAAGAACAGCUUGAUAAAACAUAUUAAUCAAUCAUUAGCGCAAGAGCCGUUUCUUGUAGAACAUAAAGCUAAAGUGUUUUCGAGUGCUCGCAAAACCAAAAGAAAGAAAUGAAAAAAAGCUUUUUAUGUUGGUGUACUUUGACCUAAUUUUCAAAUAAAGUGAAAUUAUUAACGAUAACGGCUCAGAUCGAUUAUACGGUCACUUACAUAAGUACACUUUCGCUUCUCUUUUCAUAUAAAAUUAUAAAUAUCAGCGGAAGCUCGAUCGUUAAUCAACGGUUAAUUUGUUCAAAAAUUGUGAUUCAUUCACUCUCAAUUAGAAAAAUCAAAAAUAUCAUGAAAUCUCUUCUAAUCCUUAUAAGCAUAGUCUCGUGUUUUAAUUGCAACGUGUGUGCUCAACAGCCAUAUUACUUGGAACAAUGCCCGCGUGAUGAGCUCUAUGUUAAUGAAUGUUUGCGUGAUAGCGGUAACAAACUGGUGCACUAUUUAAGGCAAGGUAUUCCCGAUUUGGAUAUUUAUGAGAUUGAACCAGUGGACAUUGAUGAAAUUGGGAUUGUGCUGGGUAGUGGACCCGAUGGUUAUCGGGCUGUAUUUCGAAAUAUCCAAGCGUACGGUGUCAGCAAUAUAACAGUCACAAAUGUCCGAUCCGAUUUAGAAACACUACAAUUUCAACUGACUUGCGAGAUACCCCGUAUCAAAGUUAAAGCACAGUAUCGAUCGAGUGGUGUAUUGAUUUUGGUUAAAGCCUCUGGUGCUGGAGACUAUUGGGGAGAAUAUGAGGGUGUCAAAGCCAAAAUAUACUUUAAAGCUUUACCAAGUCUCGGUACGGACGGUCGCACUUACUUGAAUACUGAACAAGUAAAAAUGGACUUCAAUGUUAAGGACAUAAAAAUGGGUGUCGACAACAUUGCGAAUGGCAAUUCAGUGAUACAAGCUGCAUUAAAUUUGUUCAUCAACUCCAAUGCUCAGGAACUUUUGAAGGAAAUGAAGCCGUCGCUUCGUAGCAAACUGACUAUGGUUAUACGCAAUUUUAUGGAUCGUUUAUUUACGAAAAUUCCUUUAGACGAAUGGAUUAACUUAAAUUGAUAGUAAUUUAAAAAUUGAUAUUUUAAGCGGAAGCGUCUUUCGAAUAAUUAACUCUUAAGAAUAGUAUUUAUUGAAAUUAUUUAUUAAUAAUAACUUACCAAACAACAACAGUAAGACGAAACAAGGAAUAAAUUAUAUUCAGCUUAAGUU